AUGAGUGCAGCCUUGCAGAUGUCAGCGUUUGGUCUCGCUCUUCUCUCAACCCUCUUCUUGCUCCUUGCCACAUGUACCGACUGCUGGAUGGUGAACGCUGAUGACAGCUUGGAGAUAAGUCACAAAUGCCGGGGACUUUGGAGGGAGUGUGUCACCAACAUACAGGACGGAGUCAGGACCUGUGACCAGUAUGACUCCAUUCUGGCUGACCACCCAGUGAAGAUCGUGGUGACGCGGACCCUGCUGAUCGCAGCAGACCUCCUGGCUGGCCUGGCUUUGGCUACGUUGCUCCUUGGGCUUGACUGCAUCAAGUUCCUCAAGGAAGAGCCUCGUGUCAAAAUGAAGAUGUGCUAUGGGGCCGGCAUCAUCCUCGGCAUCGGGAGCAUCCUGGGCCUUGUGGGCUCCAUCUGGUAUGCAGUGGACGUCUACGUGGAGAGGGCCAUGCUAGUGUCACGCAACAUAUUCCUGGGAGUCCACUACGACUUCGGGUGGUCGUGCUGGCUGGGGAUGGCUGGCUCGAUGGGCUGCUUUGUGACAUCCAUCCUGCUGACCUGCUGCCUCUACACCAGUGCAGGAAUUCAGCGGAAAACCGCCUCGGCACGGAGCAACACUGACUCCGCGUGGCCGGUGGCCCUGGUCCUUCGCGCACCGGCUCUGCUGGAAACCGCCCCGCGCUCAGCAAUCCGGCACCACAGAGUCUGCGUUUACAAACUGGGUAAAGCCGGUAGCCUGGAGCAUUAA